AUGCAGCCAGUGCAUCAGGGAUCGCAUGUCGCCCUCUCUGGAUUUGCGGCUCACCUAUACUUCCUUCCGUUUGUGGAGCUCCCCCGACCGCGUAUUUCGACGGUCUCGCGCCGGUGUCUCCCCGAUACAAUCAAUUCCCGCCAAUCAUCAACGCCCACCGCCAUAUCACCUCAUGUCCGGGUGCAAGCCGCUGGGGAGGUUUGGCCCGCGGCAGUGGUAGUUUCGUAUCCCCAAAUAUUCCCGCAGCCUGCCAAGGACGGUGGCUGCCGUGUUCCUAUUUCGACUGGCUCUUGGUGCCUCGAAUACGAGGAUCUGCGCAUCCAGCUACCAGAUUUGGAGAAAUGA